UUCUCUCUACGUUUAGGCAGCUGAUACUCCCGUUCAGGGACGUAGCCACUCACAGGGCUACUUGGGUUGUAGCUCAAGAGAAAAUUUGGCCCAAAAUGUGUCAAGUAGGGGUAUAUCCUAAAUAAAAAAAAAAAAAAAAAAAAUACUAAUGCUUCGAAGAGUUGCUGGGUUGCUGCUGUCCGUCCCGACUCUCAAACACCAAACCCGUCGGCCGUCUCCUCGUUCAGAACUUCAGAUCGGUUCCGCCUUCCAGAGUUCCAGGCUCCAGCCACCGAGCCACCUCCCCUUUUAGAGUUUCAGUCCGCCUACCUGAGCUACCUCCUCCGCCACGGUCUGCAUCUCUGCGACAGAGCAUCUCAGAUUCUCAGAGUUUCAGUCCACCGAGCCACCUCCAAUCCCUGAAUCUCAGAUUCUCAGGCAACGAGGCUUGCUGCCAAGGAAAGUCAGAGGCCGGUGAAUCCAUUUGCUGCUAAUAUAGGACAGGAUGAGAUGAAACUAUUCUUCUGCUGAAUGUGAUUGAUCCCAAGAUUGGUGGUGUCAUGAGGAUUGUGAAGGUUCAAGGAGGCCACGUUAUUAGAUCAAUUGCGAGAAAAAACAGGCACAACAAGAUCUACACGUCCAAGGGCCCAAGAGACAGGAGGUCCGGCUUUCAGCUCAGUCUGCCAUAGAGUUAUAUGAUGUUCAAGACCGUCUUGGCUUUGAUAGACCAAGCAAGGUCGUUGACUAGCUCAUUCACAAGGCCAAGGCCGCCAUUGAAGCUCUCGAAGAUUCUUCUACUACACACCAGUCUCAGCAUCACCAAGGAGGCAAUGCCGAGCCAGAAACCAUCAAAACUCAUCAGCCUUUGCCAAAGGCCCUUUAGAUGAGAGCACUAUGAAAAGAGUUCAGUGCAAAAUUUUUGUAUGGCUAAAAUUAGCCCAACCCUCCGAGGAUUCCUGGCUACAUCCCUGCUCCCGUUGACUUUGUUUCCACCGAUGCUUGACCCACAUAUUCCCAGCACCGACGACUGUUGAUUGGUACCAGGUGGCGAUUCCGAGCUUCACCUUCUCCGUCCUUCCACCGGGAAGUGGUGAAGGGGAAAGUUCUGCUCUGACACAACGAAAACGAAUUCGAAAUGGAGAUGAUCUUAGCCCUCAUCUGGCGGAGAUGAGAAUGGAGGAUUUAGAUUCCAGAAAGCAACCUACCCCUACGACAGCGACUCCCAUGAGUUAUGCGAGCACUCUCAAGAACCCGGUUGAUCGUUUUCGAAACACAAUGAUGGAGGAGUUUGAAAUGACUGAUGAUGACUGCACCUACACCACUGGUAAGCAUGGCCCUAAUGUUUCCUUCUCACAAAAAGUUCAUGACAAAUUGGAUUUUGAUUGGCGUUGUGCUGUAAUUGUGAAGUUGAUGGGAAAACCCAAUGCUGUGAAUGCCUUUGAUUCCAUGUUGGGUGGGCUGAGGAGAAAAUGGAAGUUGAAAGGGGGAUGGGGUUUAAUUAAUUUACCUAAUGACUACUUCAUUGUGAAUUGCAAUCUGGAAGAAGAUAUGUAGGCUAUAUUGUGUGGAGGUCCAUGGAUUAUAGCUGGGCAAACUCUUGUAGUUCAAAAAUGGAGGCCUGAUUUUGAUCUUGCUAGUGAGAAAAUUUGCAUAAUGGCUUUAUGGGCUUCCAGUUAAGUAUUUUAAGAAUUUCACUGUUGCCAAAAUUGGUAAAAUACUUGGAGAUAUUGUUAGGGUUGAUCAGGUUACUCUUGCUCAAGCUAGGGGAAAAUUUGCAAGGGUUUGUAUUGAGGUUGAUUUAAAUAAACCCCUGAGACCUUUUGUGGAAGUUGAGAAUGUUGCCUAUGGUGUGGUCUAUGAAGGAAUUUCCAUGAUUUGCUUUGAGUGUGGCUGCUUUGGGCAUGUCAAAGAUAAGUGUCCUACUACUAAAAAUGUCAACUCUCCUAUGCAUGAUUCAAGUGAAAAUCAAAAUUCUCAGCAAAAACAUGUUCCUGCUAAUGAUACUAUUUCAAUAAGCUCUGGACAUCAAGACAUGGAGACCAAUAUCUCUAAUCUACCUUGCUUGGAGGCUUCUAUUGAUAAGAAGGAUAUGGACCCCUGGAUGCUCAUGACUUACAAGAAUAAAAGAAAGAGCUCUAGUGGAAGUGGUGGAUCUGGGAAGGCUCAAGGUGGCUCUAGAUUCAAUGUAUUGCAGGAGGUUUUUGAUGAGGACACUACUAAUCAAGAAGAAUCUACUCCCGAUGCCAGUACUAAAUCUACAACCCCCACAAUUGUGAAAUUAUCGAACAACUUUCAAACCAAGACCAAGCAAGCCCAUGUUGCUGACAAUAGAAGAACUGAGGGGGACAACGACAAAAAGAAGCAGGUUGCAACUAACAAUAUUGACACUAAGCAAGACAACACCAAGAAGAAGCAAGUUGCAGUUGAUAAUGGGAAAAGCACUAUUGACAAUCAAUCUUAUAGAGUACCUACGAAGGAUGUCUGUAAUAGAGACUCACACCAUAAACCACUUAAUCCUAGGAGUAAUUCUAAAAGUGCAAUGCAGUAUCAAAGGAAGAGUAAACCUCUAAGUAUUAAUGUGCCUCAGCUACAAAUCCCUAAUUUUAAAUAUACUAAUUUGGUACACAGGGAGAAUGCGAAGGUGGCUACCAAUAUCCCGGCGACUUUUGGUCACUGUCCUCCAGAGGAACCAAUGGUAUGUGAGAGGGAUACAAGUUCUGUGGUAGAUGAUGUUGCUACUACGAGCUUUGUUGAGCAAGUGUUUGCUACUAAUGGUGCUCUGCCACAAGACCAUAGCCUACCUCCCCAAAGUGGGGAUGGUAUGGUUCCUGAUAAUUAA